GCCCGUUCCCUCCAUCCUCCCCCACCCGAAAGCAUCAGCAGCCUCAUCCUCAUCCUCAGCUUCAGCAGCAGCAGCAGCUCUCCAGGCUCCUCUGGUUAUCCCCCAGCAGCGGCGCUCCCACAACGGCCACACGCGCAUCCGAGUGAUGCCACUGCAGCUCGCGCCCGCGACAGCACGCGACACACACUAGAGCCCGCUUCCUUCUUCUUCUGCAAGGAGGGGACCCCGCCAGCCAUCCCUGAGACAUCCACUGCCCAUGAAGAUGUCUAACGCUGACAUGGUCUUGAACGCCACCGAUCGGGUAGUGAAAUCCGUGCCCUUCCCUCUGAGCCACCGCCUCACCAUGAAGGAGGUGUUUGACUGCGAGGGCAAGCCACGGGUGGAUCUGCUCAAAGCCCACCUAACCAAAGAGGGCCGGGUAGAGGAGGCCGUGGCCCUGCGCAUCGUCAACGAGGGCGCUGCCAUCUUACGGCAGGAGAAGACCAUGCUGGACAUUGAGGCACCUGUCACAGUGUGCGGUGACAUCCAUGGACAGUUCUUUGACCUGAUGAAGCUGUUUGAAGUGGGGGGCUCACCUGCCACAACGCGAUACCUCUUUCUGGGUGACUAUGUGGACCGGGGCUAUUUCAGUAUCGAGUGUGUUUUGUACCUUUGGUCACUGAAAAUCCUCUACCCAAAGACACUAUUUUUACUGAGAGGAAAUCACGAAUGUAGACAUUUGACAGAAUAUUUCACCUUCAAACAAGAAUGUAAAAUCAAGUAUUCGGAGCAGGUGUAUGACUCGUGUAUGGAUGCGUUUGACUGCCUUCCUCUGGCUGCACUCAUGAACCAGCAGUUCCUGUGUGUUCACGGUGGCCUGUCCCCAGAAAUACACACAUUAGAUGACAUAAAGAAGUUGGACCGGUUUAAGGAGCCCCCAGCAUUUGGGCCCAUGUGUGACCUCCUGUGGUCAGACCCCUUGGAGGACUUUGGCAAUGAGAAGAGUCAGGAGUACUUCAGCCACAACACAGUCAGAGGCUGCUCCUACUUCUACAGUUAUCCAGCUGUGUGCGAGUUCCUACAGAAUAAUAACUUGUUAUCAGUCAUCCGAGCACACGAAGCACAAGAUGCAGGUUACCGGAUGUAUAGGAAGAGUCAAACCACUGGCUUCCCCUCCCUAAUCACCAUCUUCUCUGCCCCAAAUUAUCUUGAUGUUUACAAUAACAAAGCGGCUGUCUUGAAGUAUGAGAACAAUGUGAUGAACAUUCGACAGUUUAACUGCUCCCCUCAUCCCUACUGGCUGCCAAACUUCAUGGACGUGUUCACCUGGUCUCUACCCUUUGUAGGAGAGAAAGUCACUGAGAUGCUUGUGAAUGUGUUGAGCAUCUGCUCUGAUGACGAGCUGAUGAACGACGGAGACGAGAUCUUUGAUGCCAACGCAGCAGCUGCUCGGAAAGAGGUGAUUAGGAACAAGAUCCGUGCCAUUGGGAAGAUGGCCAAGAUGUUCUCUGUGCUAAGAGAGGAGAGUGAAAAUGUGUUGACCCUAAAGGGCCUGACUCCCACCGGCAUGCUGCCCAGUGGAGUGCUGUCUGGAGGCAAGCAGACUCUACAGAGUGCCACCAUUGAGGCCAUCGAAGCCAUCGAGACCGAAGAAAGUGACGGCGAAGCCAUUCGCGGCUUUUCUCCACAGCACAAGAUCAGCAGCUUCGAGGAGGCUAAGGGCCUAGACCGCAUCAAUGAACGCAUGCCUCCCCGUAAAGAUGGGGUGAACCACGUGGGCCACUCCAUGGGAAAAAUGAACAUGUCCGAGGCCAACGGCACUGAUGAUAACAGCAACAUCCAGUGAUGCAGCUGCCGCCUGCCUGCUUGCACCCAAGCCCAUGCCACUGCUGCAGCAUGUGGCAGGAUAUCGCCAAACCCGUAAUUUAAGGCCUCCCGAUACCAACAAAACCCCCAGCAACAUAACACUGCAUAUGCAUCCACCUCUGCUCGAAUAUCCAAUUAGACAAGAAACCUUCUCCAAGUUCAAAUCUUUCGCAGAUGUGGGUGGAAGGCAAUCUCUUUUUUUGCUACCAGUUUGCUGUAUGUGAGUUUCUUGAAGUUCUGCCACUGUUCAGGUGUGUUUAGAAGGCUACAAAAGGGUGGGGAUGGAUUUUUUCCCAGAUUUGGGGGAGGGGGGUUGAUGUUAACCAAUGUCUGAAAGUGUCUUUCUCAGAGGGGGGACAGUUCCUAUGGCUGUCCUGCCAAUUACUUUCUGACUCCACCCAUACACCAAAGUGGGCGGGGUCUAGGGAUUAGAACUCUCUCCUAAGCCUGAACCAUCGCAGCUCAUAAGUGGGGGUGGCCAGCCAGUACCAAUGCCACGCACACAUCUUAAUAUUUUGAUUACAAGUUUUCUUCAUGAGCCCAUCUCAUAAUGAAAUUAUCUCACUGUUGAAACAUGUUUUGCUACUAGUAUUAAUGAAUACAAAAAUUGAAACGACAAAAAAAAAAAAAUGAAAUGUUUGUAAGAAAGGACAUUUAAAGAGAAAAAUUAUGUACAUUUUAUUACUUGCAAUGCAAUCUUACCCUAGUAUUUUUAUUUAUUGAUUUUUUUUUUGGUAAGAUGCCAUAAAGGGGAGGGGGGUUUGUUUGUGGGGUGCUUGCGCUUGUUGGCUGUGGACUCAUGAACCCCACCAUCUGUUGCGUGGAAGAAGCACUGAGGAUUUUCGGGCUGCAGUAGGAGCUUGGGGUCGACCUUUGGCACCAGCUACCUGAUUGUUUCUCACCUGCCUGUAACUUGAGAGAGAAUGCACAUAGUAUGUUUCGCAAGUCAAAUAAAUCUAUAUAUAUAUAAAUAUAUAUAUAAAUAUAUGAUUAAUACCGAUGAAGGACAAUAUCAAGGACUGAUUUUUAACAGCAUCUAUGGUAUGGAACGCAUCAGUGCAUGCAAUUAAGUUCCUUAUUGAUAUGUGAAAUUAUAAUUGUGAUGUGUUUCAAUAUAGUAGAUUUGAAUUAUUUCCCUCUUCAGAUUAUAUUUGUAAAGUUUAACUUUGUUUUUUUAUAUCUAUAUACAGUAUAUAUAUGAUUUUGUAAUCUUUUCUUCCAUCUUUGUUUUUUUUUCUCUUUGGUUUUCUUUUUCAUCAACAUUAUUUUGUUAUGGUUGAUUUUAUUUUUGUAUUGUUUUGCUGUAUAUGCACUGGCGCUCUUUUUGAGGUGUGAAGCCUUGUGUUUUUCCUUUUUUUCCUGUUCAGUUGGUGUACAGAAGUUGUUCAAUAGUGUGAAUGAACAUAUUACUCAGUGAAAAGCAAAAUUCAGGCUGCCAAAGCAUGAUCGCAUGGUUUAUUCAAAUGUAAACAAAUUGGGCACAAUGAAAAUCCUGUGUCUCACUUUGAAAAGGAAAAAAUAUAUUCUCCUUAUAAUUCUUGAUGAUAUUCUUCUUAUUCUUACAAUUAAGCUUACGGUUCUUUUUUUUCUCCACUGUUUUCUGAUCCUUGUUUGGUCCAGACGUGGUUUAUUUCAGAGAAGGAGUUUAAUGGAUUUUAACUUGUGACUAUUUUUUCUUGUAAUUUUCUCUUGAACUGAGUUUUCGCAUUUGACUUCCUAAAUGAUAACACACAUUGUAAGCAUGCCCUAUGGGACAAAUCACUUUUUUUACUCUUGAAUAAAAUAUGCAUGAACUAUA